AAUGAAAAUAGAGAUAACAAAUAAUUGCCAAGUAUAGUGAACAUGAUACGAUGGAAUUCUUGGAAAUAAAAAAUAAAUAUAGAUUAAAUCAAUAAUAUUGGAAUGGAAUAGCUGAAUUAAAUAAGGUGGAUAAAUCUACAAAUCCUAGGGAUAAACUUAGAUCAAUAUAAUAAAUGUAAUGUUUAAUAAAAUGUAUAGAAUUAAUAUAAUAUUAUUAUUAGCAUUAAUAUAUGAAAAUAGUAAUUGUGAAUUAGCAACAAUGGAUGAUGAAUUACCAGUUAUGAUAUACAUCAUCUUAUAUAGUGAAUUUUAGAAUAAAUUUGCAUCUAUCCAUUAUGUGGAUGAUUUCUGUAACAGUGAUCCAACAAUAGAAACUGGAAAAAGAACAGUAACAACUUUGAGAGUGUCUUUAGAAUAUAUUGCUAAUGAAUGGAAUAUAUGA